UCGGGGCCUGAGAAGAAGAAGGUCUCAAUUCUCAAGGUCAUCAAGCACUGCUGGACAAAGCACGGCGAUGAGUCCGAUGCCGAUCUGCCACCCCGCCUCGCUGAAAUCGAAUCAAAGUAUAACACAAAUGUUGAGAAGAGGCGGGCAGAAUUAGGCUUGACUCAGGAGGAUGAGAUUGAUUCUGAUGUGGAGGAUGAUGCCAUCUUUGAGGCAGUUGGGGUGUACAAGGGCCGGGUCCCGUGCAUGGGGGCUGAGGGGCAACGGAUCUUGUACGACCGCAGCGGUGCUUCAUCUUCCCGCUCAAGGCGCGGAGAGGAUCCGCGUAUCGCUCAAAUGCAGCGGGAGAUGGAGGAGCAGCAGCGGGCCUUGGCUGAGCAGCAGCGCACCUUGGAGGAGCAACGCAAAAAAGAUGAAGAAACAAGGGCCCGGCUGGAAGAGAUGGAACGGAUCCUCAGCGCCGG